UAAGAAAUAGAUGUUGAUAUUGGGAAAAAAUCUCAUGAUUAUAAAUAAAUAAUUUUAACUGGACCAUAAUUUAUUCCUCCAAAAAAAAAAAAAAAAACACUCUGUAUUAGUAGUUCCUUCUUUUUCCCCUGGGAGAAUCAAUUCAAUCACUUUUAUUUUAUUUUUAUUUUGAUAACGAAUCAAUUCCAUUACUGAUAGUCAAAUAGCAAAAAGAAAAAAAAACACACCAAGAAUCCCCGACCACGAUACAAUCCCCCAAGGCGUCGGAAGCGAUGGCGAGCGGUGGUGCCGGCGGUAAAGUAUCCUUCAAAGUGACUCUAACUUCCGAUCCAAAACUGCCGUUCAAAGUAUUUAGCGUGCCUGAAGCUGCCCCUUUUACUGCUGUCCUCAAAUUCGCUGCGGAAGAAUUUAAAGUUCCUCCACAAACCAGUGCCAUCAUCACUAAUGAUGGUGUGGGAAUCAAUCCUCAGCAGAGUGCAGGUACUUUAUGCUAUUGAAUUUGGAUUGUGAUCUUAUAUUCACUUGAGCUUUCAUGUGUCAUUCUCUGAUGCUCUAUGUUAGCUUCUUUCGUUGGACCUUUUCUGCAUGUUUUACUAAUAGCUUGUAUGUCAGAUGUGCAUUAUGCUCUCCUGUCUUUGAUUCUAUUAGAAGUUAAUUGAAUUUCAAUUAGAUCCUGGUCGAUAUGGUUAACAAAUAUUCAAUAUUCCAUAUGCUUUUCAUCUUGGAUUAAAUUUAGUGUCUUCAUCUUUUGCAUUCUCCCCUUUACUUAUCUGACGUAUAAAGAAGAAUGAGUUAAACGUGGGACUGGAUGUUGGCUUUUACAAGGAUGUCAUUUUCAUUAUAGAGAAGCAUAUAAAAUGAUAUACAAAUUGGUGAUGAGGGAUAGAUUAGUUUUCUUGCAAAGGUUAUACUCAGACGGGAACCUGUAUAGUGAGAUCUGAUCCUGCAUUUAUUGUUUUUUAUGAGGCAUUGCUGACUCAUGUAUUUUUGCUUAUGAUUUACUUUUCAUUUUUUUUAUCCUUUUCUGGAGGGGAGUGGUUGGCGGGAAGCAAAUAUAGUUAGGACUGACUUGUCCUUAUUUUAUGAUUUUACUCAUUUAUUUGUCCAACGUAUAUAUUUACAUGUUUAUUAUUUGUGAUAUGAAGGAAAUGAUACAUCUGUAACGUCUAAUACCACUCUAUUUACUGGGCUCAAUUUGGAAAAGAACCUUUGUAGAUUACCAAGUGAUCAAAAUGAGUCCCCAGUGUGAUGAUCCGAAAAGUUCAGGAGUUUAGGCACUUGCAGAAUGCUAGUUGAGUAAUGUUAGGUGUGUGAUGGAUUCUAUUAUGAUUACAUACUCUGCUUUGUGCUUACUAUAUUUUCUUCCCAUAAAGUGUGGCUGGAAGCUAAUUUGUUAUUGAUAUACAUCAUGAGCAUGUUUUGUGGUGUGGAAGUUGGGAAAACCACAUUGCAGUUUUUAAAAUUCAGGACACGGCAUUUGAAUGAAGUUGAGGUGGAAGAUGCAGAGAGAAUUUAUCUUGAUCUGUUACCCUUUCGAGGCAGUUGUUUUUGCAGUGUGAUCAGAUCAGUUUUGAGUCUUGUUUUUGACUAGAGUGUGGUGCCUUAUGAUUAUUAAGUUGGCUGUAUUGAUCAAUUGAUCUGAUAUACUCAUUGGAAUGCCCUCAUUUUUGUGCACAUUGCUGUUUUUGUACAGUCUUUUAACUCAAGAUUAGAUCAUGUUAUUUGUCAAUGAUUCAUAUCCCAUCUUUUGCAGGCAAUGUCUUUCUGAAACAUGGCUCAGAACUUCGUUUGAUUCCCCGUGAUAGAGUUGGGGCCUUUUGAAUAAGAUAAAACUAGAUUGAAAUUAUUGUAAUAAUAAGUCAUAUGUCCCCUGUUUUCUCCAGAUGGUCAUGAGGCUCUUGCUUGUCAACUAACUGAUAGACAACACAAUGACCUGAUAACCAAAGUUUCUGUACUCUAUUUCCUGAACUUCUGACAUAAAGGGGUAUACCUUGAGGAUCAACUGAAUUCUCAUUAGAUCCGUUGAUGUUUCCAGUUAAUUUGUGUUCGUCCUCGUUUAGUCCCGCGACUUAGUUUAUUCAUUUCACGAUCUUAUAGUGAUUCAAAUAUGAUCUUAGUUAUGAUCUCUAGUUCAAUGGAUAAAAGCUAAACCCAAGGAAAUCUCGAGUCCACAUGGUGUAAGAUUGACCGGACCAGAUUCUCCUCGUAGAAAAGAUUAAUCCACAAAGUAAAUGAUUUGGUCCCUAUCUCAUAUCUGUGAUCCAUUCCUCUUAUGUUCUAUCCAUUCCUUUGCCUUCCGGACAUGUUUCCAAAUGAAUUAUCUUAGAACAGGAUAUUAUUUGUACCCCAUCAUGGUUAUGAAGUGGAGGGGAUAUUUUAAUUAUGUAUAUAUACAUAUAUUGUGGAUUAGUUUUCUUGUGAUAUCGAGUAGCCAUCUGCAUACAACACGGUAGAUGUUUCCAGUCCCCAAAAUUUAAG